AUGCUGGGUAUUCCGGUGGAAAGUGGUUCUUGCGGGGAUCAAAUGCUGCAGAUUAAGACAAUUGCAACAGAUGCUGGCAAAGAUGUGCAUGUUGAUCUGAUAAAUCCUGGAUUUUGGAUGACCCAGAAGAUAUUUCCAAAAACAAGUCAAAACUCCAAGAGAUGCUAUCAUAAUUGCCUCAAGGCCAAGGCCGAGAAGGAAGAGGCCGAGAAGGAAAAUGGCAGUGCCAGCGGCCGAGGCAGAGAAGGUAAAGGGCAGUACCAGCGGCCGAGAAGACGGGGAAGAGGCGAGGCAGACGGGGAAGAGGCGAGGCAGACGGGGAAGAGGCGAGGCAGACGGGGAAGAGGCGAGGCAGACGGGGAAGAGGCGAGGCAGACGGGGAAGAGGCGAGGCAGACGGGGAAGAGGCGAGGCAGACGGGGAAGAGGCGAGGCAGAGGGGGAAGAGGCGAGGCAGAGGGGGAAGAGGCGAGGCAGAGGGGGAAGAGGCAGAGGCAGAGGGGGAAGAGGCAGAGGCAGAGGGGGAAGAGGCAGAGGCAGAGGGGGAAGAGGCAGAGGCAGAGGGGGAAGAGGCAGAGGCAGAGGGGGAAGAGGAAGAGGCAGAGGGGGAAGAGGAAGAGGCAGAGGGGGAAGAGGAAGAGGCAGAGGGGGAAGAGGAAGAGGCAGAGGCAGAGGGGGAAGAGGAAGAGGCAGAGGGGGAAGAGGAAGAGGCAGAGGGGGAAGAGGAAGAGGCAGAGGGGGAAGAGGAAGAGGCAGAGGGGGAAGAGGAAGAGGCAGAGGGGGAAGAGGAAGAGGCAGAGGGGGAAGAGGAAGAGGCAGAGGGGGAAGAGGAAGAGGCAGAGGGGGAAGAGGAAGAAGAAGAGGGGGAAGAGGAAGAAGAAGAGGGGGAAGAGGAAGAAGAAGAGGGGGAAGAGGAAGAGGAAGAGGAAGAGGAAGAGGAAGAGGCAGAGGAAGAGGAAGAGGAAGAGGAAGAGGAAGAGGAAGAGGCGAGGAAGAGGAAGAGGAAGAGGCGAGGCAGAGGAGGAAGAGGAAGAGGCGAGGCAGAGGAGGAAGAGGAAGAGGAAGAGGCGAGGCAGAGGAGGAAGAGGAAGAGGAAGAGGCGAGGCAGAGGAGGAAGAGGAAGAGGAAGAGGCGAGGCAGAGGAGGAAGAGGAAGAGGAAGAGGCGAGGCAGAGGAGGAAGAGGAAGAGGCAAAGGCAGAGGAAGAGGCGAGGCAGAGGAAGAAGAGGCGAGGCAGAGGAGGAAGAGGCGAGGCAGAGGAGGAAGAGGCGAGGCAGAGGAGGAAGAGGCGAGGCAGAGGAGGAAGAGGCGAGGCAGAGGAGGAAGAGGCGAGGCAGAGGAGGAAGAGGCGAGGCAGAGGAGGAAGAGGCGAGGCAGAGGAGGAAGAGGCGAGGCAGAGGAGGAAGAGGCGAGGCAGAGGAGGAAGAGGCGAGGCAGAGGAGGAAGAGGCGAGGCAGAGGAGGAAGAGGCGAGGCAGAGGAGGAAGAGGCGAGGCAGAGGAGGAAGAGGCGAGGCAGAGGAGGAAGAGGCGAGGCAGAGGAGGAAGAGGCGAGGCAGAGGAGGAAGAGGCGAGGCAGAGGAGGAAGAGGCGAGGCAGAGGAGGAAGAGGCGAGGCAGAGGAGGAAGAGGCGAGGCAGAGGAGGAAGAGGCGAGGCAGAGGAGGAAGAGGCGAGGCAGAGGAGGAAGAGGCGAGGCAGAGGAGGAAGAGGCGAGGCAGAGGAGGAAGAGGCGAGGCAGAGGAGGAAGAGGCGAGGCAGAGGAGGAAGAGGCGAGGCAGAGGAGGAAGAGGCGAGGCAGAGGAGGAAGAGGCGAGGCAGAGGAGGAAGAGGCGAGGCAGAGGAGGAAGAGGCGAGGCAGAGGAGGAAGAGGCGAGGCAGAGGAGGAAGAGGCGAGGCUGAGGAGGAAGAGGCGAGGCAGAGGAGGAAGAGGCGAGGCAGAGGAGGAAGAGGCGAGGCAGAGGAGGAAGAGGCGAGGCAGAGGAGGAAGAGGCGAGGCAGAGGAGGAAGAGGCGAGGCAGAGGAGGAAGAGGCGAGGCAGAGGAGGAAGAGGCGAGGCAGAGGAGGAAGAGGCGAGGCAGAGGAGGAAGAGGCGAGGCAGAGGAGGAAGAGGCGAGGCAGAGGAGGAAGAGGCGAGGCAGAGGAGGAAGAGAGGGCAGGAGAACCAGAACUAGAAACGGGGGGCGAGGCAGAGGAGGAAGAGGCGAGGCAGAGGAGGAAGAGGCGAGGCAGAGGAGGAAGAGGCGAGGCAGAGGAGGAAGAGGCGAGGCAGAGGAGGAAGAGGCGAGGCAGAGGAGGAAGAGGCGAGGCAGAGGAGGAAGAGGCGAGGCAGAGGAGGAAGAGGCGAGGCAGAGGAGGAAGAGGCGAGGCAGAGGAGGAAGAGGCGAGGCAGAGGAGGAAGAGGCGAGGCAGAGGAGGAAGAGGUGAAACCCUUCCUGUAGAGGUGAUCCUUGGCACUAGCAGUGUGGAAGAGGAGCGAGCUGCUCCAGCCCCCUCAAUGCAGCAAGGUGUUCAAAGUUCUAUGACAUCGUACCUCUCCAAAAGGAUCGGAGUGAAUCAGAAAAAGAAGAUAGAUGGGCAACUUCUUCAGCUGUUCACUAAAGACUUCCAACCAUUUUCAGUCGUUGAAGAUUCGGGGUUUUGUGUGGGCCCUUAA